CCAAGAUACAGGACCAAGUUCUCGCCAUCUCUCGGCGGUCGGUUGCAAGUAGAAGCUGGAUAGGGCUUUGGAUAGAAUAGAAGUCCGUAUCUUCGCAUGAUUCGAGAACUCUAUCAGAAUUUUCAAGUCAAGCUGGGAUGGAUGUACUUCAACUGAGACAAAACAAACAUAACAUUGGCAGCUGAUCCGUGCAUAGAUGAAGCAGAUCUUUAUCACAAUGCCACAUGUAAUGCUGAAAAGACAUGUUUUCUCCAUUGGCCUGUUUCUUACAAGUCACCAUAGCAACUGUUUGAGACUUCACAGGACAAAGAACGUAGGAAAGGUUCUUUUCGCUCAGAGACAGUGUCAUGUUCAAUGUCAGACAGGCCAGGACCGGAGAUGGAAUGUGAUGUUCUUCGGGACUGAUCAUUUCUCACUUCCUCAUUUGCAGCUUAUGGAAGAAUCAAGACAGAAUGGCCACUUGAUUGACAAGCUUGAAGUUGUAGUUCCACAAAGCACGUUCAUCAAACGACGAGGUAAAACCAGGAAGCCAUCACCAGUCUGGGAGUUUUGUCAAGAGCAGCAUCUGACCUGCCACCAAUGGCCUCUGGAUGAUCACAUAUCUGGGUUCGAUGUUGGGGUCACCGUUUCUUUUGGCCAUCUACUACCAGAGUGGCUCAUCAAAAGUUUUCCACUAGGUAUACUUAAUGUGCACCCCAGUCUACUGCCUAGAUGGAGGGGAGGUGCACCUAUCCAGCAUACUAUACUCAAUGGUGAUGAAGUCACUGGGGUGUCCAUCAUGAGAAUCCAACCACACAGAUUUGAUGUUGGACCCAUUCUUCUACAGAGGGAGUACAAUGUUCCAAGCAACAGUACAACAAAAAGUCUUACCCAUCUUCUUGCCAAAAAGGGUUCAGAAAUGUUAUCGGAAGUCCUUCACAACCUUACUUGGUUUAUUGAACAUGAAAUGCCACAGAGGGAAGAGGGCGCUACAUUAGGACUUAAAAUACCAAAUAAACUAGCAUGGAUAGACUGGGGAGCUACAUCUCAGGAUAUAUACAGAUUGUAUAGGGCCGUUGGAGAACAGAUGCCCCUUAAAACUCUCUUUGGAGGAGAGGAAAUGAGACUGGAACAGAUGGUAUCUCCAGCAGAUUGCUCAGAUCUUCCAAUCUAUGAGGGGGAUGAACCAGGUCUCAUUUCUCUCCCAAAAAAUAAAAGCAUCAUCUAUGUAAGAUGUAAGGAUGGUUGGGUUGGAUUCUGCUCCGUCUCUCCAAUCGGUAGGAAGAGGAUGACAGCCAAAGAGUUUUACAAUGGUUAUCUAUCAGGUCGAAGGAGAGAUGAUGAGGAGAGGAGAUGUUUUAAGAAUCAUGAUACCACAAAUAGAUGACCCCACAUCUUCUUUCUGUGAGAGAACCUCUAAGACACUUAAUAUAGUUGGGUUGGAUUCUGCUCCAUCUCUCCCAUCGGGAGGAAGAGGAUGACAUCAAAAGAGUUCUACAAUGGUUAUCUAUCAGGUCGGAGGAGAGAUGAUGAGGAGAGGAGAUGUUUUAGGAAUCUUGAUGCCACAAAUAGAUGACCCCACCUCUUUUUUUCUGUGAGAGAACCUCUAAGACACUUGACAUAGUUGGGUUGGAUUCUGCUCCUUCUCGCCCAUCGGUAGGAAGAGGAUCACAUCAAAAGACCUCUUGACAUGUUCCUCCAAAUGCUAUCAACUCUUUGA